CUUAUGAAAGUUAAAAACACAAUCUUGGAGUGAAAUGGUUUGAUCUCAGAUUAAUACUAACUAGUUAUUGUCUACAGAUAGCUUGGGUGUGUUAAUUAACAGUGUGAACAACCAUCAAUCAGCAAAAAACAUGAAACUGAUGUGUCUGUCGAGCAAUCCCAGCAAGCCAUGCUUCGUGCUGUACUUCAAAGGUGUCACCUUGAUGUUGGACUGCGGACUGGAUAUCGCACAAAUUCAGCAUUAUCUCCCCUUGCCUGUUGUGCCAGGGUCUCAGAUGUCAAAAAUCAGAAGCUGGAAUCCUGGGGUGGACAAGAAAUCAAAACUAGGAGAAGAUGUUUGUCAUGAGCUAAAAGAAUGCGGAGGGCGUGUCUUUAUAGAUGGUCAGCCAUAUUUCUCCGUCCCAGAGGUCAGUUGA